AUGUCAGUACCUAAGCUUGAAGAGGAGGUCAAUAAGUUAAACCUCGAUGCUGCGGAUCAAAAAAUCACACCAUGGGAAGUAGAAGGUGCCGUGGUUGAUGGAAAAGCUCAAGAUAUAGACUAUGAAAAAUUGAUUAAACAAUUCGGUACUAGACCUAUCACGCAAGAAACUUUGCAGAAGUUCAAAGACGUUACUGGACAUGAACCACAUCCAUUUUUAAAGAGAGGUGUGUUUUUCUCGGAAAGAGAUCUCACCAAAAUCUUGGGGUUGUAUGAACAUGGUGAAUCGUUCUUUUUAUAUACGGGUAGAGGACCUUCUUCAGACUCGAUGCAUUUAGGCCAUAUGGUGCCAUUUGUCUUUACCAAGUGGUUACAAGAUGUGUUCGAUGUUCCAUUAGUGAUCGAAUUAACUGAUGACGAAAAGUUCCUUUUCAAGCCAAAAUUGACAAUCGAUGAUGUGAAGGGCUUCUCCAAGGCUAAUGCCAAGGAUAUCAUCGCGGUUGGAUUCAAUCCUGAAAACACCUUUAUAUUUUCUGACUUGGAUUAUAUGAAUAGUGCAUUCUACGAAAAUGUUGUUAGAACAUCUAGACAAAUUACCACAUCAACUGCUAAGGCAGUCUUUGGAUUUCAAGAUUCCGAUUGUAUCGGAAAAGUUCAUUUCGCCAGUAUUCAAAUUGCAACAGCUUUCCCAUCAUCUUUCCCAGGUGUUUUGGAUUUACCUCCAAAGACUCCAUGUUUGAUCCCAUGUGCUAUUGAUCAAGAUCCAUAUUUCAGAGUGUGUCGUGAUGUUGCCGAUAAAUUAAAAUUCUCGAAACCAUCUUUAAUUCAUGCUAAGUUUUUCCCAGCUUUACAGGGUUCUUCCACUAAGAUGUCUGCUUCUGAUACCACUACUGCUAUUUUCAUGGGGGAUACUCAAAAGCAAAUCCAGAAAAAGAUUAAUAAGUACGCAUUUUCUGGUGGUAAAACUUCUGUCGAAGAACAUAGACAACAUGGUGGUGACCCUGAUAUCGAUGUUGCUUAUCAAUAUUUAUCGUUCUUCAGUUACGAUGACGAUAAGUUAGAAAAAUUGGCCAAGGACUACAGAUCUGGUGACCUUUUGUCUGGUGAAAUGAAGAAGGAAUGUAUCGACGUUAUCCAAAAUUUUGUUGCAGAAUACCAAGAGAGAAGAAGCAAGAUUACCCCAGAAAUUGUAGACUCAUUCAUGAAACCACAUAAACUAGUAUACGGUCAAAAGGAAAGAUUGGUCCCAGCUACCCCAAGAAAGUAG